AUGGCGGCACCGAGCAAGCAGCCGCCGAAGGCCAUGUCUUCAAGACUGGCAAACAUGAAAUUUAUGCAGCGUGCAUCUCCUUCACCCACGCCUGGCACGGGCACGCCUAGACAACCACCAAACAAGAGACAGCGGCUUUCAAGCGGCCUUGGAACACCCACUGUGAGCGCGCGUGAAGAAGCGAACAGCGAAGCCAUCGACCGCGCAGCUGCAGAGAAAGGCGAUACGAAGUGGUAUCUCAGGAUCAAAGCACCAAGUACUCCCGCGUCUCCGUCGCCGUUGCGCAUCAUUUCUGCUGGCUAUGCGACGUUGGACGCGCAGAGCAGUCGCGAGGCCGAUAUGAAGGAUGAUGACGGUGACGCGGUAGACGGUGAUGGACCACAGAUGACCGGCAGGAUCAGUUACGGCAACUUCAAACGCAACGCCCAAAAACAGCCCCAGCAAGAUGAAUCUGAAUCGAGCUCGGAUUCCGAGGACGAUGAAAACGAUGAACAGGACUCUACCGGAGUCAAUGCGCUGAUCAACCAAGGUCGGAAAGAGGCCGCAGCGCGUGCAAAAGCUGAGCUACGGGCGAAGAAGGAGCAAAACAGCUAUGAAUCGCAGCGGCUUGCCCACGAGCGACGAAAGAAGGAAGUGAACUUGAAUGGCAUCUCUAGCAUAUCAAACGGUGGUGGAGGCGGCGGCGGCGGCGGCGGCGGUCUUGCGAACAUGGCAUGUCACAACUGCAGCGCAAAAGGUCACAAGGCAGCGGAUUGUCCGCAGAGAUCGAACAGAGGCAUGUCGAAGGACGCAUUGCCCACUGUCUUGCGAGAGAAUUUCCAGACUGCUGGACUGGGAGCUCUGGGAGCUCGGUCCGAGCACUACUAA